AUGGCAACUUUCCAAGACUUCCCAUAAUAGCUUUUGGUUUAAAAAAAUAAUACUCUGUACUAUUCGAGAACGACACCGUACUGCUGAUCCUUUUGGUUUAAUUUGGGCUCAUUUGUUGAUGACAUGGCGCAUUGUCCAAGCAUUGAUGACGUGGAAAAUAAUGAUUGGUCACCUGGUUCUUUUAUUGCGUCGGAGAUAUGUAGUGGCUUAUUUUGGAUCUACCCUUGUAUUUACUGGGAGGAAGAGAAUUCGCAGUGUGAAGAAACGGAAUCGACAAUGGAAUUCGGCCGCGCAUUCAAUGCCGCUUCAAUUUUCCUUGUUUUUCUUCUUCUGGUUAGCGUAGUUACUGCUAAGAAAUCUGGCAAUGUUGCGGAGUUGCAGAUCGGUGUGAAGCUUAAGCCAAAAUCUUGCGACCUUAAGGCUCACAAGGGCGAUAGGGUCUCAGUACACUACAGUGGAAAACUUACAGAUGGAACUGUAUUUGAUUCCAGCUAUGAGAGGAAUGAUCCCAUUGACUUUGAACUUGGAAGUGGUCAAGUAAUUAAAGGUUGGGAUCAAGGACUUCUUGGAAUGUGUGUGGGAGAGAAGCGAAAGUUGAAAAUCCCUGCCAAACUUGGUUAUGGCGAGAGUGGAUCCCCACCAAAGAUCCCAGGUGGUGCGACACUUAUCUUCGAUACUGAGCUGGUUGCUGUGAACGGAAAGAAAUCAACAUCUGAUAGUGAACUGUGAUUUCACGAUGUCUCUACACACUGCUUCAAAUUAUUAGCUCAAGAAAGGAGGGAACUUCUAAGGAUCUGUUAAUGUUAGGCUAUCUAUUAGUUAUAUUUGCUUCGUUGAUAAUUAAUAUACUGAAGUAUUGGUCGCUGCCAAAAAUUAAAAUUACACUAGUCUUUUGUCACUAGUUCUUUCUUCUGCGAAAGUUUAAGUGGAUGGACGUUGAACUCCAA